AUGCCUUACUUGUACAGCAACAGAUCGAGAAGCAGAGAGGAAGAUGAUGAUGAUGAGGAUGAAGAAAAUGAAGAGGACGAAGAUAUUGAGGAGGACGCUCAGCAGGAGGUCGAUGAUCAAGAAGAAGAAAAUGAGGAUCAUCAUAACGAGGAACACUUAGAGCAGGAUCAAGAUGAAGGUGAGGUGGAAGAAGAGCUGGAUCAAGACAGGGAGGAAGAAGGGCAUACUGAAAAUCAGGAGGAUGAAGAACAAGAGUUUGAUGAAAAGCUUGAGGAGAUGAAAGAGUUGGAAAGUGAAGUAUUGAAUGCGAUAGAUAGUGUUCCGACUUUAUAUUCUCAGCUAAAAACAAAUCAUAUCACUAUUGUAGCUCAGUCUUUAAUUCACGGAACACACAUUGAUGAUCUUAAUGAGCUUACAGAGCAUUAUGAUACUCUUUCUGAUGCUUUAUCUAAAUUGGUUGCUUUUAAUUAUCAAGAGUUUAACAAAUCCAUCAGAAAUUUCUCCGACAUUUUGGCAGAGCUGACUGAAUCACAGAAGAAAAUCCAACAAUUAAGAAACGAAGUUAGAAACACAAAAUCUUGUCUUACUUCCCAUGCAAUAGACCUUUCCUCGCUAUACACGAAUUACCUUCAACAUUCUGAGUAUCUAAGAAUUCUUAAUAUUAUUCACCAAGUCAAAGAGGUACCAGAAAAAAUAGCGUUCCUUAUUGAAAAAAAACACUUUUCAAACGCUAUCAAGCUCAUUCAACGAAGUUGCUCGUUUCUCAAAAACAGUGAGGAGUUGAAAUUCAUCAAAGGACUCGAGGAAAUUAGGAGUCAAAUCAAAAAUUACGAGAAAAAAUUGCCCGAGUUGAUGAUAAAUGUUCUCACCACACACUUGUACAGCGUGGACGUAGAAAAGUGCAAAGUUGAUGCUAACAACAUCAUAUCUUUCAAGGAGACAAAUAUUCAACCAAACCAUCAAAGACCUGCGUCCAUCAACAACGAAAUAAUUCGAAAGGAAAUUGAUAGACAUGAAUAUAAUCGGAAACUUGGAAGAGCAAUCUCUUAUGAAAAUGAAUUUGGAGUCUAUGCGAAAACUCCCAAUCUAUUCGAUUUUGAUGUUGGCACGGAUCUGUCAUUUGAUCCCGAGCAAGACAGCAAUUAUUUCUUGUCCAUGCUAAUUGACGGAUUGGAUACGUUAGGCAAGCUUUCCCUUCUUCAAUCAAGAAUGGUUCAUAGCUUGCAAUUUGACAUUAGAUCUCUUAUAGAGAAACACAUUCUUGAUUUUGUCUCUCAGAUGAAUGAAACGAGCGUUGGUUCAAAAAGCAAACCCGACCCUUCCAAAGACCAUCACAAAAUAACCAAUUCAAAUCGCUUGCGAGAAGUUCCUUUUAUUACUGCAAUGAUACAAGGGAAAACUCUGCAAAAGUUGUUUCAGAAAAUAUUUGACAACAUUGUUAAUCUCUUGAAAAAAUAUAAUUUCAUGAUUGGAAUAAUGGAGCUGAGAGCUGCCAGCCUUGAUUUUAGCAGUUUGUCACAAAGUAGUGACUUAAUUGCAACUCCUUUGGAUAUCAAAGUUUCCAAACCCGUUUUGACAAAGAUUAAGGAAGCAGUCAAACAAAAAUUAGAACAUUUGAAAAGCGCCAAUCCCAAAUCAAAUGCCAAGGAAGUUCACAAAUUGUAUGCCACAACGCUUGAAGAAUUGUUGAGCAACUUUUUGCAAACUAAAUUAGAGGAAGAUUUGUAUGUACGAGAUAUUAUCUCGCUGUUUGAGAAUCAAAUAGUCCUCAAAACAACACGACAAAACCUAUCAGCAAUCGAAACCGUAAAGGAAAAAUUUGUACAUUUAAUAACGGAAACUGUCUCUGAUUCCUCAUGUCCACACACCUUCACGGCAACCUAUGUAUGGAAGACUGCUCAAGAGGAAAUCAAAACGGUGCUGCGAGAUUUAUUUGGCCUCUCAAACAUGUCUCUUUUAGGCGCUCCUGAAAAAUCUAAUAGCACUGAUUCAACAAAGACCAAAGAUUCGGGGGUUCCCACAAGCAUAGAUGAUUUUUCUGUUUCUUUCAAGUAUUCAAAUAAUAUCGACGUUUAUGAGCACUUGCAAGAAGAAAAGACAAUAGAUUCAAGCUCUAUUAUUUCUACUGCUCUUUCACGCCAUUUUAUACUUUCACCAUAUAACUUGCUUUGGGCUUACAAAGAAGUCAUAGAUUUCAUUGAAAAGUGUAACAGCAUUAUUUUUGAUGAGUCAGAAUCGUCAUCAUCAUCAUCAUCUGAAUAUACAUCUCUUAAAGAAUUUUGCGAUGAGACAGUACGGCAUUUUCUCUUGUCAAUUGUUAGAAAUGAUUAUAGAACAAAAAUUAGCGAGCUUUUCAGGAAACAUUCACAUGCUUUCAGUAGUGUACACUUAAAGGAUUUUAAAGUCCAUGCUACCAUUUUGAAUACAUUUGGUGCGACAAAGACUGUUUUUUACGGGUCUAUGUGCUGCCUUAGAUGGAUUUAUGAAACAAUCAGCAUCGCUAGAACAAUUCCUGUUCAAAAACCAGAUUUUUAUGGAGUAGUAGAGCAACUGUUAAAGAGAUAUUUAGAUGAAAACACUACAUUUUUCGAUUUAGCAAUUUCUACAAGUUAUUGUCAACAGAUUUUGAAACAGUGUAGAGAAGUCUUACCAUUUCUGAUUAGCGAAGCUUUAUUUGUCAGAGCACAACAAUGGCGACCUCAGCAACUAAAACAGCCUCAGACUGAUGUUGAUCAUAUUCGAAGACUCUUUGAACAACACGUAGACGUUCCAAUAAGAAAUUUAGUUUUCGAUCCAUCUCGAAAGUCACACAUCAUUGACCGUACAAGUGGCUUUAUUUCACUUGCAACGUUGAACAAUACAUUGGAAUGGGUCUUGGAGAAUAUUUACAAGUUUCACUAUGAAAUUGUCCAAAAUUUACCCUCAUCCACAAAAAUUCCACAACAUAAUAACGCGAAAACCAAACCACGAAGGCUAUUAACCAACCCAAACACAGUGGUUGCCCUGUUGGCUAAUUCAAGUUUUCAGAUUGUGAAACAUUUGGAAGAUUAUUAUGACAAGAUUGUUUCGAUAUAUAAUGACUGCUUACUUGCAAUUAAGAUUGAUCUUCGAAUACGAUGCUUUUAUUACAUUGAUAGAGGGUUUAGCGAGAACAUCAAAGAAGCUGCCUAUGAUUGUGAAGAACAAAUUGAUUUACCGGAAUCUUUUGUGGAAGAAUUUAAUAAGGAUAUGCAUGGUAUUCAUAGAGCACUAAGUACUCAUCUUUCAGAAGACAAGAUGACCUAUGUAUUCGGAGGAUUGGGCAAGUUUGUGUCCGAUCUGUUAAUUGGCACUCUUGUUUCACAUUGUACUUCGAGCAAAGAGCCAACAAUACCAAAUUUCUCCAAGGUUGGUGUGGAAAUUAUGAAAAGAAAUAUUACAGCACUUCAGCAACAAAUAAGCGCCAUCACGCAAAAGCAUGAACAGCAUUUCAAUUUUGCACUUGAAUUUUACAAUUUGCUGCUUUUGGAAAAGAUUCAACUUUUGUAUCAUGUUAAAUCAGUGACGAGAUUUACCAAGCAACAAUAUCUAGCCGCUUUCAGAAUCAUCACUAGGAAUCUUAGUGAAGAGGAGCGUAAAAAAGCUGAGAAAGACUUUGAAACAACUUUCCACAGAGCAACGAUGGAAAGAAAGUCUGCGUCCUCUGCUUUGAAACUUGCUGGCAAUGAAGAUCAGUAA